CCUCUCGUUUAUGAAACUAACCAUGGCCUCGAUGGAGUGUUGUUUGUGAAGGUUAUCGUUUGUUUGGGAAGGUUAUCGUUUGUUUGGGCAGACGGUUCUGCCGGCCAUUGUUCAAUCGGUAGCAGUUGUGCCCGUAAUUGUUUGACGAAAUGCUUGAGAAAAAUGACCCACUGAAUGAAUCUUUCCUUUUGUGAGGGCGCGCGCGAGAGAAUUCGAGUGUAAAUUCAACAUUCUUGUGUCAUGUUGCUGGUGUUGAAGCAUGGUGACAGCGUAAGGGGGCAUUGGGAGUGAGGAGAAGAAAAAAUGGAUGGUGUUCCUCGGCCACUGCGAAUCCUGGCAACGACGGCUGCCGUGUUCGUUGGUGGGGUGUUCACCCUCUCCCUGUCCUCGUCUCUUGCCAUUCGUGCACUUCAAUCUGUUUCUGACGCCAAGAAGAGAAAGAUUGCUACGAGAUGUGAGGCCUGCAAUGGAAGCGGCUUCUACCCAUGUAAACUGUGCAAAGGAAAAUCUACCAUUGAAUGGUCGCCUCUGUUUGAUCCAGUGGUCAUAAAUCCAUGCCUUUGUCCAACGUGUGAAGGCAACAAGGUGCAAAGAUGUCUGAACUGUCUUGGCAAGGGUUAUGCCUGAUGAUGGGUCCCUUUCCUUUUUGAUGUUCUCCUUUCUCUUUUCUGAUCCUUCUAUCUUGUGAGGAAUGAACGUGGGUAUUGCAGAUCUAUGUCCUGAUU